AUGUCCGAUUCCGAAGACCCUAUCGACAUCCCUGACGAAGGAGGUGACGACCUCUUCGGAGACGAGGGCGAUGACGCGCUUUCAGAGGCCGACAAGGCCGUGAGCGAUCAAGAGAUCGCGUCGGAUAGGGAAGAUGAUGAUGUGGACGCGCGCCGGUCCGAAGACGAUGAAGAGCCUCGCGAAUUCCGCGAGAAACUGCUGCUACCGGUUCCCCUGUACCGGCAUCGCAUUCCGCGCUCCAAAGAUGGUGGUUUGCAAUCUCUCCGAGUCCCCGAUUUCAUCAAGUUCAACCCCAUGGAAUACAAGCCCGACGAAUGGCAGCCGAGCAGGUGGGAUCUCGACAAUGCCAACUCCGAGAACCCGAUACCUUCCAUCAUUUGCCGCCGCGACCCCAAGACCGGCCGCCUGCAGAGCAACGCUAACUUCUACCGCUGGAGCGACGGUUCCGUGACCCUGGCCAUCGGCGACGAGCACUACGAGAUCCAGUCUAAGCCCCUGGCGCCGCCGCCCGACAAGCCCUACCGCGAAGUCCAGGACGCACACUACUACGCGGCGGCCGCACACCUGACGACUAAUUCUCUGCUGAUUGUCGGCCAUCUGACGGAGCAGUACACGUUGCGCCCCAACAAGGAGCUGCAGGACCACGCGCUGGAGCGACUGAUGGCAAAUCUGGCGGGCGCCAAGAAGGACCGCGGCGCCGAGAUGAUCAUCGUCACGAGCGAGGACCCGGAGCUGCUGAAGAAGCAGGCAGAGCUGGCCGAGAAGGAGCGCAUGAAGUUGCAGCGGCGGCGCGAGACGGCCGCCGCCCGCGCGGACGGCGCCGCGGGCCGGUACAAGGCUGGCGGUGCGUUGUCCGUUGGCGACCUCGAAGGGCGGCGCGGUGCGGCCGGUACUGGGAAGAAGCGUGGUGCGCCAGGUGGCGCCAAGCACAAGCGCCGCCGGCCCGAGUACGACUCGGACGAUGACCUCCCGAGCGGCACUCGUCGCGGGGACAACUAUGAUAUGGAUGACGGGUUCUUGGUUGACAGCGACGAAGAGAGCGAGGUGGCGGAAGAGGACGAGGAAGAGGAGGAGCUCCUGGAUGAGGAUGAGGAGGAGGAGGAGGAUGAAGCGCCGCGGCCGAAGCGGCAAAGGACGGCUGAGCCGGAUGAGGAUGCCGAGGGCGACGAAGAUGGCCCCACACACGAGACCUCGAGGGCCCGCAGACGGCGCGUCAUUCAGGAUGAUGAGGACGACGAGUAG